AAACACAAGAAGAAGAACGCCCAUUUUGCUCACUGUCAAGGCAUCGAAUUGUGCUGAACUAUCAACAGACAGAAGAGGACAAAGAGCUGCAAUGGACGGUGAUGUUGCAGUUGGUGUGAAGAGAGGCUCAGAUGAGCUCACCAUGUACAGUAGCAGCCCCACCCCUGUGACCGCGAACGGCAGUGACAGUAAGAAACAGCGACUGGACGAAUCCCCCCCCUCUAGAGUUCUCCACAUCAGGAAACUUCCCAAUGAAGUGUCAGAGACUGAAGUCAUUGCCUUGGGGCUGCCCUUCGGAAAGGUCACCAAUAUACUGAUGCUGAAGGGGAAAAACCAGGCGUUCCUGGAGUUGGGCACAGAAGAAGCAGCAAUUACUAUGGUGAACUACUACGCAGCUGUCACGCCACAGGUCAGAAACACUCCCGUCUUCAUCCAGUACUCCAACCAUAAGGAGCUGAAAACAGACUCGGCUCUGAACCAGAGGGCCCAGGCAGUGUUGCAGGCAGUGUCAGCGGUUCAGGAUGGAGGCUCUCCGUCAUCUGACCCUGGAGUGUUGGACCUAGUUCCACCCCCCAGCCCUGUCCUGCGAAUUAUCAUCGACAACAUGUUUUAUCCUGUUACACUGGACGUUCUACAACAGAUCUUCAGUAAGUUCGGGACCGUAAUGAAGAUUAUAACCUUCACCAAGAACAACCAGUUCCAGGCUCUUCUGCAGUUCAGCGACCCCGUCAAUGCGCAGCAGGCUAAACUGUCUCUGGAUGGACAGAACAUCUAUAAUUCAUGCUGUACUCUGCGGAUAGACUUCAGUAAACUGGUCAACCUCAACGUCAAAUACAACAACGACAAGAGUCGAGAUUACACCAGACCCGACCUCCCUACCGGGGACGGAGAGUCGGUCAACAAGGAUCAUUCUCUAUUGGGUACCCCAUCCGGAGCGCUAGCUUCCUACUCUAGUGGAGGAGGCUACUCAUCUUCUCUCUCCCUCUCUCAGGGUGGAGGAGCCAUCAGUCCUCUGAGCGCUGCAGCAGCAGCAGCAGCAGCCGCCGGCCGCGUCGCUCUGUCUGGGUCCGGAGUGUCAGGAGUCCUGCUGGCAUCCAACCUGAAUGAAGAGGUACACUAGCCAUACGCAUAGCUGUGAAUGAGUACGCGUCUCUGCUCUGAGUCACUCAUUGUCUUUACUAUUUAACAGACGCCAUUGGAUGAUAUUCUGGAGUUGAUAGUAGUGUGUAUUCCUGUGUGUUGGUUGUUUGUGUGCUAAGCUUCACAGCAUGAUUUAUCUUCCACCUAGAUAUGGGAAAUGGACUUUCUCGUCCUCAGCACCACAUGUCAACAUUUACCCAGACGCGCACACAUUCAUACAUUAAUGGCAAGUCUGCCUCACAAGGUGCCUUCUGCUCGUUAGGUUCUAAUCUAAAUGCUCAUGCACACUCG